AUGUUCUCAUUUCUAAGUCACUUCAAGAAAUCAAAGAGGUUGCUCACUCUACAUCCAGCCAACAACAAUCAACAACAACAACAACAACAGAAGAAGAAUGUCAUUUCCUCAUCUCCAGCAUUCGUAUCGAUUGCACAGACACAGGAACCACGUGAUUAUGAUUGCACUGUCAAUGUAUUGAUCGUUGGUCUUCAAGAGGCCGGAAAGACAACACUCCAACGCCAAUUGGAUCUGAUGUAUGGCACCCAGGUGCUCGAUCCAAAAUACUUCCAACGACUGAUCUAUGGUAACACAAUUGCCACGCUGAUCCGUCUGAUUGAGAAUGCUGAAAAGGUCAACAUCACUUUCACCGAGGACAAUACAGAGCGUGUGAAACGUGUUCUCACUACCCCAAUCGAGUUGGCGAGGAGUAGACUCCCAAGAUUCCCUCUUCGUCUGAGCUACGACUGUAAAUGCCUUUGGGAGGAUCCAGACGUCCAAACAAUGUACAACUAUGCCGCAGCUUGUCCAGAGUUUAGAACUCCAGGAAGAACUAAAUACUAUAUGGACAAUAUGUUUAGAGUAUUCUCACCAGAGUUUACACCUAACCGAUUGGAUAUCAUCAGUGCAUAUGAGCAAGUGGAUACACAUCAACAGUCGACUCUCACCCACCGUAGACUCAAAAUGGAUCUAACUUGUGGAGCCACCAAGCAGAUCCAGAAGAGGGAUUGGGUCGGACUCUCCUUGCAUAGUCCACACUAUAUAUUCUAUGUCGUCCCUCUGAAGGAGUAA